AUGCUACUCAUCGCGUCUACUGUUUUCCUCUACUACACCGUCUGGACUCUCCUUACUCCAUUCGUCGAUGAAGACCAUCCGAUACAAUCGCUGUUCCCACCACGUGUCUGGGCCAUCAGGAUACCUGUUAUUCUCCUCCUCAUCAUCAGUGCCGUUGUAGGAAGCUUCUUGAGUGUGGUUAUGAUCAAUUCCGCAAAGAAGAAGAAGGCAAAGAAGGCAGCCGCCGCUGCGAAGAAGACCUCCUGA